AAGCAAAUUAUCAAGUGUUAAGCUUUAAUAUCUUAAUAAUUAGUUUGUAAGCAUUUGAUUAUUUUCUACCAGACGCUGAAAUUACUUCUGGUUUCACUGCUAAGAAAUGGUGCUGGACCAGUUUCCAGUCUGAGUGCUUUGGUGUGGCCAAGCUUUUUCCAUCAGCACCUUGUGGACCGGUUGACAUCUGCACCUGAGGAUCUGUCGGGCCCCCUUUCCCCAGAUGUAGAGGGAGUUGUCAUCAGCAGCCACCGUUUACACAACUCUUGUGCUGUCCAGUGAAGUUGCCCACCAUGCGCGAGUACAAGCUAGUUGUGCUGGGUUCAGGAGGCGUGGGAAAAUCUGCACUGACAGUCCAAUUUGUUCAAGGCAUUUUUGUGGAGAAGUAUGACCCCACCAUAGAAGACUCCUACAGAAAGCAAGUCGAGGUCGACGGGCAGCAGUGUAUGCUUGAAAUCCUGGACACAGCUGGAACAGAACAGUUCACAGCUAUGAGGGACCUGUACAUGAAGAAUGGGCAAGGCUUUGCUUUGGUCUACUCCAUUACAGCGCAGUCCACAUUUAACGACCUACAGGACCUCCGGGAGCAGAUCCUAAGAGUAAAGGACACCGAGGAUGUUCCCAUGAUCCUGGUGGGAAACAAGUGUGACCUGGAGGAUGAGCGCGUGGUCGGUAAGGAGCAGGGACAGAACCUGGCUCGUCAGUGGAGCAACUGUGCCUUUUUAGAGACUUCAGCUAAAUCAAAGAUCAAUGUUAAUGAGAUUUUCUAUGAUCUGGUGCGACAGAUCAACAGAAAAACGCCGAUGGAAAAGAAGACAAAAAAGAAGCCAAGUUGCACACUGCUCUAAGAUGCGCUCCCACGGUUGCUUCAGGCCAGAAACUUGUAACAAUUAACUGAAUCCCAGUGGAUGGUGCCAGCAUUCCAAGUCCUCUCCAGAGCAUUUUGAAAAAGGCUGACAGAAACUUCACCACUCGCAAAGUGACAGGAGAAGGCACAUACUCUCAAGAAACUUUUUUGCUUUGUAAUGGCAAAGGAAUCCACUUUUUUUCUUUUUUUUUAAUCUUUCUUGUCAACAUGAUGACAACUGUUCUGUUUCUCUUCUCCAAGGUGUCUUUCUUCUGGAAGUGUUGAUUUUAAAAGAGGAGACUGGAUUCAAAUCCGUUCUUGGGAACUAAAAUGUUUUAUUAAACAUAACAUCAAUCUUAAGGAUAUUGUGACAAUAUGUUUGUGAAAGAAUCCAUGUGAAACGUUGGUCUUCUCGUACAUUUCUGCACUAACAGUGUCAUUGAAGAUGCAUCAUUGUCCAUAUGUUACUCGCUCCUACUUACAAAGAUGUGUAUUGAUAACAUCUUUCCUAAGUGACUUUGUUUUAUAUUGAGCUGCAAGCCUUCCAUAUUUCCCAUAAUAUAUUCUACUUCCAUUUUUGCAUAAUAAAGUUAAGGAAAUGAGUAUUUUAUAGACUGAUGGGGGGAGGGGGGGUUCUGAUUUCUGUCUUGAGACUGAAAAUAUAUUGUACUAAACCACCUCUAAUAUUGCUUCUUGUUACCCUGUCACAGAUGAUUUUCCAGCUUUUAUGAUUAAAUUUUAGUACAUUUUCA